CGUGGAGCAGCUCUCGGGCGCUUCCGGGUCGACGCAGCACUUGGCGCACCUCAGUAGCGACGCCAUUUCGGGCAUGAAGAAGAUUGCGCGCGGCGCACCGCGCGACCCGGAAGCGCACUUGCUGGCGCUGCUCGGCGUCCCGACCAACUUUCGACACGCCGUGACGAGCACCGCGCGCCGCGUUCAAAAGCACUCGAUGGAGUACGUGCUAUCGUUCCCGCCCCCCGAGACGGUGUACAAUAUGGCUCAGCACGGCAACCUGGCGCUCGUGCCAACGCAAACGCUACAGGAGGCGUGGGCGGGCGUCGAAGCGUCCGAGGCGCUGCAAAAGCAAGCGAUUGUGUCGCUCAAGCUCGCAAAAGGCGUGCCGGCGCCAUACGACAAGCGUGAGCACGACGUCAUUGGACGUAAGGUGCGCGUGUGCUUCUUCGACAUGGCCGACGCUACGAGUGCGACGACGGCCCACGGCGUCCGGCGCCUUGAAGGCCAAAUCGUCGGCAACAUCCACGAAAUUCCCGUCGCCUGGUCGAAAAAGGAGGAGGAUGUGUGGUACUUUUCCCGCGCCGCGACCAAAGCCGACGACUACAAGUUUAUUGUGCGCACAAACACACCAGCCGACGACCUCUACCUCUUUAUUGAGUUUGUCCUCGAGCUCAAGAGCGAGACCGCCCAUGAAAUGCACCAAGCCGCGACCAAAGCCAAAUACAAGGCACCGCCCCUGCCCAUGCACGUUGUUCGCUUUGACGUGCCACUGUACGGCGGUUCGAUCCUCAACCCGGUCGAGCUCGACGAGGAUGAGAUUUCGCGGCGGCGCAGCGGGUGGCGGGCCCUCAAGAAGGCGCUCACGGCGUACUGUCCACCCCAGCUCCAUAUCAAGAGCCUCCAAAUUCCCAAAUUACCCUAUCCCGAAAAACUGCAGAUUGCGCAGCUGCCGUCGACCAUCAUUGCUCCGUACUCGGCCGUGUCCAUCAUCCAGGAUUACAUGAGCCUCAUGAAGACGGUGCUCUCGACGCUCGAAUCGCCGUCGCACGUCUACACGUGUGAGCCCGCCCUUAAGCUCUUUCCCCGCAUCUUGGACGAUGCCGACGUCUACGAGGCCUUUCGGGCCGUUGUGGCCGACCAAUUGCGCCCCGGCAUGUUCAAGACGCUCGCCGAGCGCCACGACCGCUUCAAAAGUGUCGUUUUGCGCAUGUGGCCGGCCUUUACAGCCCCCCGCGCCCGUAUCGACAUUGAUGCUGACGCAAGUGACAAGACCAGCAGUUUGCUGCAAGCGCACCUCGAGGAUAUGGCCAGAGGGUAG